GGUUUUCACUUUUUGUCCUCUUAACAAGAGGUGUUUUGCCAACUGAUAGAUAUUCUGAUGCAUUGGCUAAUCGUCUUGCGGGCUAGCUGAUUAGCUCGAUAAGAAAUAGAUAAUACCAUUGCCAAUAUUGUGCGAGCAUGUAUGCUCACUGUCAAUAAUCAGCAGGUUGUUCAAUGGUACGAGUCUACAAUGUAUGAAAAAACGUAUAUCUGGAUAAGCGUGGGAUUAUUACUAAUUCCCUUUAUUUCCUCGACAGAUUUAAGGCGUAUAUUGCCAAUGAAUUUGAAAAUUCGAAUGGGAGAAGAUAUGCAGCUUCGCUUAACAAGAAUAUUACCUGACAAUAUAUCUUGUUAUGUGAAAACCCCUUUGCUCACGACCUAUAAUCUUGAAAGCACUGAGCUUGACAGCAGUGGAAGACUUAGUUAUUGGACUGAAAACGGAGAAUGUGGUCUAAGAGUGAAAAACGUAACACAACUAGAUGCAGGGGCAUGGAGGUUGACUGCAAAGAAUGAUAGCACAACCAUUGUGGAUGUUACCUUCGUUGAAGUUUUAGACAAAGUGACACCAUCAGAUAUACAGGUCGCAAUCGAAAGCGGUCUACCAUAUACCCUGCUCCUAGAGGAAAAUACUGAAUAUUGUAACAUUCAGCAGCCCCAUUCUGAACAGACCAUACUAGUAGGUGGAGUCUGUCAAAUUGAUUUGAAUCAACCCACCCUGGCUGUUCAAGGCAACUGGAUAGGGAUGGCUGGCAUAGUUGGCCAAAUACAGGAAGUCACUGCCCACGUGAAAUUGAAUGUGUAUCAUGACAAACUUGUCUCUGGGUUCAUACAAGACAGUACCACGAAUGCUAUACACGCAUAUUGCUAUCUUCAGGAUUCCGAAGAGAGCUUAGACUUCUGCAGAUUUUCUCGAGCUGACAAUGAUAAGAUUGGGUUCCGAUUGAGUGAAGGGUUGCGUAAUGGCCGAUAUUCAUACUUUGGAGCUGGACUAGAGAAUGGCUAUUGCGGUAUGACAAUUGAAUCUCCAAUGCCAGAGGAUUAUGGACAAUGGCAAUGCUCUGUUGGCGUGAAAGAUGAAAAACCAUUUGGCAGUAUAAUCCAAAUCUACAGUCACACUAGUGGAGCUAUGAUGGCUAGAGCUUUGCCCACUGAAUUGUCUGUCACACACUUACGAGGAAAGUUACAGCUGAGAUGUGAAGCUACUGUUUCAAUUAGUUAUUGCUGGUUGGUUGCCCCAGAUGGUACAAUAUUUAAUCCAGAUCCAAGAUCGACAAAAGCCGAUGCUCCAUACAAAUAUAUUGGUGAUGGGUUUGGAAAAGGACAGUGCGCCUUAGAAAUAUAUAUUUCAGAAAUGAGUCAUGAUGGAGAAUGGAUUUGUCAUAUGGGACCUGAAGAACUUGGUUUUGAACUGACAACUGCAAUAAAUGUUAGGAUCUCAGAUACACCUCUAGCAGCUGAGAAUCGCCGAAUUGAAGUCACACGUGAUGAAUCUUUGAGCUUACAAUGUAGAAUUGUGCCCGAAAAAAUUUCAAUUGAAUAUUGCAGAUUUCUUAUGCCCGAUGGCACUGGAAUACAUAUUAGUGAUGAAAUAACAGAGAACAACCCGUUAAUACUUGAAGGCACUCGAUACUGGUUUAGUGGUGAAUCUUUACAUUUAGGUGGGUGUGGAAUAAAAGUUGACAAAGCCUCAUCCAAACACAUUGGUAAUUGGACAUGCGCUGCCCGCCUCCUGCUGGGUGGAAACGGAGAAGAAGCAUUGGAUAGAAUUGCUGUACAUGUCAUAGAACCAAGUGUUAUUCAUGAGACAAAUUUAGAGUCUUUGACUGCUAGUGCAACAACUGGAAUAGUAAUGGGAGUAGGCCUCUUGCUAUUAAUUCUUGUAGCAGGGUCUCUGUACGCGAUUAAACGACUCAAAGCUGGACCACAAAUGGAUACCUACUCAUUGAACACCGUUUCUAUAACAGGGACUGAUUCUAGAAGAAGUUCUAGUUCCACUAACUCUAAUGGAGAUUUAAUUGACAUGACAGUAAACACUCCUACAAUACUAUACAACAGUUCAAGUAGUCAUAAUUAGACAACGGUAACUAAGCCAUGAAACAUCGGGACUAAAUGCGAUUUGUAGAAAUAAAAGAAUUGAACGUA